CCAUCGCCAGGGAUCUCACAUCAAGUCGACCGCCAGUGUGUCCUAGCCGGUGUUCUAACAAAAGGUGACGAUGCUCUCCAUUCUACAAGAUGAUGCGACGUCUACGUUUGUUGGCCUGAUCGGUGCCUCCGUGCUCAAGUAUGGAUUUACAACAUGGCUAGCUUCAGGUAAACCCAGAGUCUACGAGAAGGUCGGGAAAGUGUCUAGUCUACAUCUUUACCCGGUGAAAUCAUGUCGAGGACUGGACAUCGAAACGGCCAAAUGUACAGCAAUAGGAUUGCGUCAGUUUGGAGUCACAGACAGACACUGGAUUCUAAGCUCUAAAGACAACAACUGGAUUAAUGCAAACAUGGAGCCAAAACUUACUCUAGUGACUGUGAAGUUGCACGAAGACAUGGUGGAAAUGACGGCCCCAGGGAUGGAACCUCUUCUGGUCCCCUUGAACCCGAAACUCGACAAGACAUGGGUCUGCCAUAUUGGCAAUGGCCCAAUGGCCAUAGACACGCUGGAUUGCGGUGACGAAGCUGCGGAUUGGUUCACCAAACACACAGGACGGAAAGGAGUCAGACUUAACUACUCUCACCCGGAUCUGUCAAAACGGGAAUCCAUCAAUUUUAAAUAUCCAUGGGAACAUUAUGCGCUACCCGGAGACAGGAUGGCAUUUGCGAAUUACUGUGCCUACAUGAUGAUGACCAAAGAAAGUCUUAACGCUCUGAACGCGGAACUGGAGACACCUGCGAAUGUAAACAACUUCCGGCCAAGUAUCAUGAUGGAGGGAUCGUCAGCUUUCGAGGAGGAUAAUUGGGAUGCAGUGAAGAUAGGUACAACCUCCUUCAGGAUGAUAGACAUGUGUUCCAGAUGUAACCAGGUCAACGUUGUACAAGAGGAGGGCAAACAUUCAAAGGACAAGGAACCGUUUUCUACAUUGAGGCGGAUCCGGAGUUUCCCGGAGUAUGGUGUCAAACCCUGUAUUGGUAUCUACCUGGCACCAGAUGUGGAAGGGACCAUCAGUGUUGGCGACGAUGUUUAUGCUAUCCGGAAGUAGAAAAGUGUCUUGGUGAAAUAACAGAAUAGGAUCACCUCUAGAACUUUUGGAGAUCUAUAGCGCUUGAUGUUAUAGACAAGGGAAAAUAUUUUUAAAAAGCUGUGAUUUUACACGAUGUUUCAAAUGAUGGAAAAUAUCCUGGAGCAAUAUAACACUGUGAUACUGAAUGAUUAAUAUGUAUAAAAAUGAAAUAAAUAUGAUUUUCAUUAAGU